AUGGUCAUGCGCAAAACGUCGCUGCCGUAUCACGCCAGUCCCCUACCUCAGCCUUCCCCGAGCGACACACAUCACAGGUUGAUCCCAGACCUGGCCGAGCUUCCUCCGAUUCCUCCUUCUACACAGAGACCCACGAGAGCCGCAGGCUCUUCUAGCUUCCAAGUGGCAGAGAACCCGUGGUCUGAUGUGCCAACCCAAGACCAAGAACUGAGGUCAGAUAGACCAUUGCCUGAUAUUUUGAAGCCGGGACCACCGCGCCCAACUGAGGACGGCGGAGUCAAUCAAGGAACUCAGCCUUUGACUAACAUUCCCAAUAUCCUUCGGGCUGGUCAGUCGCAGGAGGACACACCGAGGUCUUCGUUAGACAGCCAAAGGUCCAAGGAUUUCUGGGAGGAGUCCGACGAGGAACAAGAUGGGGGCAGGAAAAGUGCAACAAAGCCAGGAUCGAGUCUACCCCCAGUUGAUACCAAAGAGGAGUCGUGGGUCAACGUAGAGCCUUCUGAAAGGUCUCCUGGCAUCAAGCGAAAGCCGGUCGGCGGAGGCUUCUCACCUCAACCACCGGGGUCAAGUUUCGACACCGCCGCCCCUUUUGCCUCAAACAAUCCCUUCCGGCGAUCACCCCCUCCGGUAGGCGAAGAUGGCAGCUGGGACGGUCGAGGAUCGGGGCAUCACGAAAGGCGACAGAAGAAAGGCAAGGAGCCCGAGAGAGAUAACCCGCCCCCUCCGACAGAGCAGUUUCAAACAUUGACCUUUGGGACCAACACUGUCUCUAAUCUGUCCGCCUACCAUGCACAAGAAGGUCUCCAGACCAUGGCCGGGGUGUGGGAAACAGAAAACCAAGUGGUGUCACCUCCGAUACCACAGGCUCCUCCUCCACCUCCGCCGUCAGGACCUCUCUUGCCCUUCAGUGAACAGCCUCCACUCCCGGUCUCGCCGCCCAAAGAUCACAUGGAGAAUCCCUGGGCUUCGAAUCUUCGUCUUGAAGCUCCUACACCAUCCCCGCUUGCUUUCUCGCCCUCUCAGAAGCAAGUCUCGAACUACAAUGAGGAGCUGUUAGACCGUCAAAAACAACAAACUGGAGUGGUGUCGUUGAGAGACGAAUUGGACACCUUACCAAACGCCGUUCAGCCCCGAGUGGAAUCCCAUGACGAGCCGUCUUUGCUAGACAGCGAUGAUGAUGCUGGGCCUCCACUCCCUGCUAGACCGGCGCAUCAGACUGAUUCGGACGACUUCGAUCCCCCAGUAGGGCCUCCUCCGCCAAAGCCACCAAGGCCGUCACUACGCACAACCGCCCCUUCGGAUGAUGAAGUGGCUAGGAUGGCUGCGCAGCGAAAUGAGACAUAUCAGAUCAAACACUUCAACUGGUUUGACCACCACUCUCACAGACUACGAAGGUCCGCAAUGCUGACCCAGAACAAGAAUGGGCCUUGUCCUCUGCUUGCUUUGGUCAAUGCUUUGAUAUUAGGUGCAAAGGAUGCGUCUCAGGCGGCAUUAGACGCUGCACUUCGUUCUCGGGAGCAAGUCACGUUGGGACUCAUCAUCGAAACCCUGAUGGAUGAGCUUUUGUCCCGAGGUGUCGAAGCAGCGGGGCAAACUCUUCCGGAUGUCGACCAGCUAAAUGAAUUUCUGAUGCGUCUGCGCACCGGCAUGAACGCCAAUCCUAGGUUCGUCCCGGUGUCAACAGAGCCGCCUAAUCUAAUGGAUCUUGAUGAUGUUGGGCUACAAGCUCCUGAGCAUCAGAGACCCCUCCAAAACAAUGGCACUUUCGAGGCAACCACAGACAUGAAACUAUACGCCGCCUUUUCGGUCCCUUUGGUUCAUGGCUGGCUUCCCGAGCCAGGAUCAGAUGCUGAGAAGGCAUUCGCUCGGUCUGCCCCGACUUAUGAAGAUGCCCAAGCUCUAUUAUUUGGCGAAGAAGAGUUAGAAUACAAACUCAGCAACCAGGGCUUAUCGAGGCAAGAACAGAACAUGUGGGAAGACAUCAAUUCCAUGAAGACCUUUCUAAAGACGUACCCCACGCAACUCAGUCCGACAGGAUUGGAAGCUGUACGGGACUCAAUCUCACCAGGUUCCUUUGCCAUCAUGUUCCGAAACGAUCACUUCAGCACGAUAUACAAGCACCCGGAAAACGCCCAGCUCUUCACGUUGAUCACUGAUGCGGGAUACGUGGACCGAGACGAGAUCAUUUGGGAAAGUUUGGUGGAUCUCAGCGGUAAACACAACGAAUUCUUUUCCGGCGACUUUAUGCCUGUCAGCCAUCACAACGUCGGUGAUGAAAGGUCAACCCAUCCUACAGCUCGUCGGUCGUCCCAGCUGUUGUCUGCCCCCGACGCUGGUGCCGCGGCUCCACUAUCCCCCCAAGAGCGACAAGAACAGCAUGACGCCGAUUUCGCCAUGGCCCUGCAACUCCAGGAGGAAGAGGAGCAGAGGCAGCGAGCCGAGAGAAAUCGACGUCAAAGUAGCGCAAAUGCUACUAGCCUUAACCAACGGAGGUCGCCCGUGGCCAUUCCAGCGCCGGUACGGUCACAGGCAGAAGCUCGGCCUGCCAUACCACUUCGAACAUCACACACCACCAAUCGAGGAGUGAACCGACCCGCCGACGCUCUCGAGGAAGAUACACCACCUACGUACGAAGAAGCAGCCAAAGGCCGGCCAUAUAUACCUCCGGUUGGGAGCCCGCUACAUCCCUCGGCAGAACCCAGUCCCAUGAGUUCAAACACACAACUUACCGGCACGAUCAGUCAUGCAUCAGCACCGGCAACUGACCCUCAUCCGCCCGGCCCUAAUGCUGCCGUUGGUAGAAGGCAGCCGGCACGGCGAUUGAGUGCGUACAGCGAAACAACACAGUAUUAUAGUCCUCAGAGAAUACACAGCUUGACUCCGGCGCAAGGCGUCAGUGGAGGAGGACCUUCGAGGCCUGGGAAUAUGCAGAGGCAGGAUAGGGAUUGCAUAGUGAUGUGA